GCCGAAGCGGGGUGCGUGCUUCCUUGCAGGCUGGCAUGGGGGGGGGCCAUCAAGGAGGUGUCUGCCGAUUUCGCCAAGAAGGGGCGGGCCGUGUGAUGCAGUUCUGCGCCCGCUUCACGGGCCGCCGGUUCAAGGAAGGGGCCCGUUUGUUGCUGGGCAUCCUGAAGAAGUUCGGCGAGAGCAAGUUGAACCCGCUGCGGAGCCCAUCCAACUGCCUGAACUCUGCGCGGACGCAUUGCCCAGAGCCUGAAGGGGCCGAGCCGCGCGCUGGCGCGCGUGGGCACAGCAACCGGCAGCCGGCACAAAGCCGGCGCCCCGCCCGUCUUUCGCACGCGCGCGGCUUGUUUUAGCUCCUAGGGCGCCCCGCCAUGUAGCGUCGCGCCGCUGUUGGCAGAUUGGAUCGAUGGGCCGCGCCGUUUGACCUUGCUUGCCGCCGCUGCCGCCGCUUGCUUGGCGGGCCGGCUUGCCUGCCCAGUCGCCCGAAGGGGGGCGCGAAACCAUCUGGAGAAGGACAGAAUGGCAGGGACCUGGUCCCACAUGAUGGCUGGCCGAAAACCGGCAGCAGCGAACUGUCUACCCACGAGAUCCGCAUGGGGGCGGCCCAGAGAGGUUGCCCGGGGGCCGCCCGCCCGCGGCCGGGCGGCCGGCAGAAUCAAUCUAUCACGACGCACACGCCUGCCCGGGGCUUUUUUCUAUGUAUGCCCGGGCGCUCGGGUGAUGGGAUGGGAAGGGGGUCGCCGGUCCACGCCGGGCGCGUGGCGCGCAGGCAGUUGUAGUUUAGCCGGCGCGUACUGCCUUAUCGUGUUCGUCCCGCGAGGUUCGUUGUUUUGGAGGUGCUCGCGGGCGCAGCCACAGUUUCCGAGAAAAGAGAAAUGUUUGGCGGCGUUGGGGCGAUUUCCUGUCCGUCUGUCGAAUCACAGAGCUUGGGCGAUGCGAUGCAGGCCUCUCGCUUGGCGGUGCCUGCGUA